AUGAACAACAGGCCUGUCGAACAAGCGCUGGCCACGCUACUGCCUACACACGCUCAAGACCUCCCACAAGAACUUCUUAGUCUCGCCAUAUCACUCGUCGCCCAAUCGCGCAGCUUCUCCAGCAGUCUCAAGCCCGAAGAAGAGAUCGCUCGGCCGUAUGCGUGCGCUGAAAUCGCUUGCAAAAGAACCUGGUCAACAUGGAUGAUUCUAACCAUUCCUCACGAUGAUAGAUUAACUCGCGCUCUCAAACUCCCUCCUCUCCUUGGCCACCCGCCAUGUCCUCCCCGCGCCUACAAAAACCUCUACGCCUUCCUUGACCGAUCCCUAUCCACUGGAAUUUCCCGCGCAAGUGCCUCAGCCCCAGGGACACCGUCUCGCGCUGGAUCAGCACCAUCAACACCGAGAAAGGGCACACAAAGGACUCCGUCAAAGACUGCCGCAACUGCUACUCCGCGAGGGCUACAACAACAACAACAACACCACCAACAGAACACACCUACGAAAUCCACCCCUCUCAAGCGCGCUCUCUCACACACCGACAACGACAAGCCCUCGCCAUCACCUCGACCCCAGAAAAUCCCCAAAUUCCGCGCGAAUGGCCUCUCCGGCUCAACUAUCAUCCCCGACGCCCCUAGCUGGGUGAUGACUUCCAUCCGAACAGUUUGCAAGACGCUUUCGACGCCCGCACCGCGCAUGAGCACGUGGUCUCGGCCGCCUAUCUCACGGACUCUCCCGCCACAUAUCUUCGCCGGUGUAUCUUCCAUUCUGUAUAUGAUUUCCGAAGCGACGGCGAAACACGACGAAGAAAUUGACGAGGAGAUGAUGGAGUUUCUGGAGCCGGUGAUCACAGCCAAGGAUAAAGAGAAUGAUGAAGAUUUCAAGGACAUUAUCAAUGCCUUGAUUGUUGCAGUGUACUUCCUCGUCCUUGCUCGUCGACGCCAACCGGGCCCUUCGUCAACCGGGGAUAGUGCCGAGGCAGUGGAAGCGAAGAAAAUGGAUAAGAAGACGUUCUCGGAGAUGCGACAGACUGCGCUGGUUAGUCUUGGGCUUCCGUCAACGGAGAGGCGGCAUCGGGAGGAUGUGGAUCAGUGGAUUGCGCUGGUUAUGGAGCAGGGGUGGGCUCAUGGCAAGGAGUGGUUUGAGAAUGUGCCGUUAGCUGGGGAGUUAGAUGGAGAUGAGAGGGAUUUAGGGGAUGAGCUGGCGGGUGGGGUUGUCGAGGAGGAUGGUGGUAGGGGCAGGUUGAUGGUGUCUGGGAGGGGGGCAUUGGUUGCGGGCCAGUCUUCGAGGCGUGGGCUGCUUCCUGGGUUGGGGACUAUGAUGCAGGAUCGGGUGGAUUGGUUGAGUGAGGAUCGGAGGGAGGAUUAUCUUGAGUGGAAGGCGGAUAUGGUGGCGCGGAUUGAACAGAUUGAGAGGACGGCUCAGGCUGUGUAA